AUGGCAUUUAAGCCGUUUGGAAAAGAUGUGGGACCGGCGAUGAGCUCCAAGCCGUCGCCGUUUACAACGUUUGGCGCUUCUGCUACUACUCAUCCCACCAGUGAUACUCCAAUUCAACCACCGGCGUCUCAAAACCACUCCUAUGCAGGACAAUCUUUUGGACCAGGUGGUAUUGAAAGUGGUCCUCCAAUUCCGCGAGCACCGCCUCCUUCGGCUUCUCAAAACCCUCCACCCUUUAUAGGGCAACCUUACCGACCAGGUGGGGUACAAAGUUUUCCUCCAGUGAAUCGAACACAACCUCCGUUGGCUUUUCCAAAUCCCUCGCCCUCCUCAGGACAACCUUACCGACCUGGAGGAAUUCAGAGGAGCCCAGUACCUGUCAAUGGAAUGUCAUGGGGUUCAGAAGCUUUUCCACGUCCAAGCCCCUCUGUGAGACCUUACCAAUUUCCUGGAGUUCAAAGGCCUGCGUUAAGUCCUCAGUUUGGGCAUGAUGAAUCAAAAAAUUUCAUGAAAGAUCAUGGUCAACAUAGUCUAGCCACUUCUCCAGCUAGUACAUCUCACACUCUUUCCAGAAGUGGAACUGAUGUUGCUGAGAUUGGUCGAUCACAAGAUUCAAAAAGGAAAAGUCGGUCAGAUCUUCCUGAUCAGAGUUUGGGGUUUUCUCGAAGAAAUCAUUCUCCAGUAUCAGGUUUUGAGAAUGGCAGCUUGGUAGAUGAUUUCCUGCAGCCAUCUAGUCAAACUUGGAUACGCUCUCCACCUUCUAAGGACAAUAAUCCGGUGAGGUCGAGGAUUAAUCCCAAUCGGGUGAUUCGUCAAGAACAAACCCCAAGCUCUUCAUUCCCUUAUGCACAAGAAGCAGCUGAAAUUCAGGAAGCUACAAAAAGGCAGUCUCCGGCUACAGCACCUUCUGAUAAACCUCUCCGAGACAACCCCGUAUUUUCUCAACAUGAUUCUCGAAGGUUUUCGACAUCUCCUCCUGCGUCAGGCACAAAGUCAUUUAUGCUUUCAAGAAGCUCAGAUUCCCAAUUUCCUGGGCAGCCAUCCUCUGUAAAUAAUUUCAACAAUGCGGGGAAGACAAGCAGUUCACCUGCAACAAAAAGGACGAGAUCUCCACCUUUACAUUCCGUGGAAGAGGAUAUCCAGGGAAACUCUUAUCCUUCUCAAGAAUUUACUGAAGGAGAAGAGCAAGCCAGGGCAAAGAGACUGGCUCGCUUCAAGGGUGAACUGGACCCUAUUGCAGACCGACCUGUUGAUUCUCAACUUACUAAAUCAUCUGUAAAUAAAACUGUGAAGCCUCUGGACAACAAACAAACAUUCAAUUCGCUGGAAUCAAGUAGGGAUGCCCUUAAGGGAGAAGCCUUGUCUGAUUAUGAAAGCUCGGAGCAGCCCUCUCUUAUAAUUGGAUUAUGCCCUGACAUGUGUCCUGAGUCAGAACGGGGGGAGCGUGAAAGGAAGGGUGACUUGGACCAUUAUGAGCGUGUGGAUGGAGAUAGGAACCAGACGAGCAAAUCCCUUGCUGUGAAGAAAUACACCAGGAUGGCGGAGCGAGAAGCAGUUUUGAUACGACCGAUGCCAAUCCUGCAGAAUACAAUGGAAUAUUUGCUGAGCUUACUAGACCGGCCUUACAAUGAAAACUUUCUUGGAAUGUACAACUUCUUAUGGGAUAGGAUGAGAGCUAUUCGAAUGGAUCUCAGAAUGCAACAUAUUUUCAACCGAGAAGCUAUUACCUUGCUGGAGCAAAUGAUAAGACUUCACAUCCUUGCAAUGCAUGAGCUAUGUGAAUAUACUAAAGGAGAGGGCUUUUCGGAGGGGUUUGAUGCACACCUUAAUAUUGAGCAGAUGAACAAGACAUCUGUUGAGUUGUUUCAAAUGUAUGAUGAUCACAGGAAGAAAGGAAUGACUAUUCCUACAGAAAAAGAGUUCCGUGGUUAUUAUGCUCUUCUCAAACUCGACAAGCACCCUGGCUAUAAGGUUGAGCCUUCUGAGCUUUCUCUUGAUCUUGCCAACAUGACUCCAGAAAUAAGGCAAACUUCAGAAGUUCUCUUUGCCCGCGAUGUAGCCAGAGCCUGUAGAACUGGCAAUUUCAUUGCCUUCUUUCGCCUCGCACGAAAAGCAAGCUAUCUUCAAGCAUGUCUAAUGCAUGCUCAUUUUUCAAAGCUAAGAACUCUGGCACUUGCUUCUCUGCACUCGGGUCUCCAAAAUAAUCAGGGUAUCCCACUUUCAGAUACGUCAAAGUGGAUAGGCAUGGAGGAAGAGGACAUAGAAGCCCUGUUGGAGUACCAUGGAUUUGCAGUAAAAGUAUUUGAAGAGCCAUACAUGGUAAAGGAUGACCUAUUUCUCCAUGCUGAUAAGGACUACAAAUCAAAAUGCUCAAAACUUGUUCACAUGAAAAAGUCAAGAACCAUUGUGGAAGACGUGUCUGCUCCCUCGAUAGGGAAAGAUGUUUCGGCUCCCUCUCCGUUGUCUUCCUUGCCGACAAAAGCAAAUAAAGGAUAUCAACAGCAUAUUACCGCCAAUAAACAGGAACAGCCGCCUGCUCUAAGUCUUAAGAAACAAACAUCAGUUCGUCUAGUUGAUAAAGAAAUGUCAGACUCCAAAGACAUUUCUCUUGCUGGAGGAGGACAAGCCAGUGAGGACAUCUGUUAUAAAUCCAGUGUGGCCAUAUAUUGUGAAUCCAGCAGUGGAUCAACAGAAACAAAAUGA